UUCAGAGAUGAUCUUCUGUGUUCAGAGACGAUCUUCUGUGUUCAGAGACGCUCUUCUGUGUUCAGAGAUGAUCUUCUCCAGGUCUCGGUUGCUUAUUUGAGUUACUGUUGCCCUUUCUAUCAGCUUGAACCAAUUAUUCUCCUCUGACCUCUGGCAUCAACAAGGCCUUUUCUCCCACAGAACUGUCGCUCGCUGGAUUUUUCCUCUUUAUUGGCCCGUUCUUUGUAAAUCCUAGAGACGAUUGUGCAUAAAAAUCCCAGUAAAUCCUCAGUUUCUCAGUUUUCCGAAAUUGCCACCACAGGAUAACUUUGUUCUCAAAUGUACAUUGGCUGGUAAAACAUCUAUUGUUUGCUUUUUACAUUGUGUCGAUACACCAAUCAAAACAGUGUCCAGUAAACGUGGGGUAGAGGCGAGGGGUGUCACAGGGGACAUGGAAACGAAUGCAAGGGUGUUACAGCUUGUCUCUCAGUGGCCUUUCCGUCUGAAAGAACAGCCUGGACUCUCUCAUAUCUCUGCCUCACAUAAUGGCCUGUAGGCAGGAGGGUGUUUUUGUUCUGAAGGAGAAAGGCUUCAGGAUGUUGCUGCUCAAAAGCAGUAGAAGUGGUUUCCUGCUGGGGGAAAUGAUCAAAAAGCCAGACAAGCCCCUGGUUGGACACUUUCCACUCGAAUUCAUACACACGCAUACAGGUUCAUGCACAUGGAGCUGGACAUGCAGAAGACGCGCUCCAGACCUAAUCGAGGUUGCUUAACCGUUUUCAGAGGCGACUGGAAAAGCUCAGAGGAGUGGAGAGGUUUGGUUCAACACGUUUGAUGAAGAGUUUGAAGAUUCAAAUGUCAUGGACAAGUCACAACCAUAGAAACCAUGAUUCUGAACCUGACCAAUGGGAGCUGCCAAAUCCCUCUGGAAAAUGACCGAUUGGGUCUGACCUACAUCUACAGCCUUGCCUUCUCUAUCGGGCUCCCAAUCAACCUGCUGUCCCUGUGGGGCCUGUACCAGCUCGGCCGGUCUGGUGGAGGCGGCUGCCAGCUGGUCUACAUCCUCAACUUACUGCUUUCCGAUCUUCUCCAGCUCCUCACCUUGCCUCUGUGGAUCCUUUACCUGCAGGGAGACCACCGCUGGCCUUACGGGUCCGUGACGUGCCAGCUAGUGGGCUACGUUUUCUACGUUAACCUCUACGCCAGCGUCAUUUUCCUUUGCCUCAUCGCCCUGGACCGCUGUCUAGCAAUCGUGUAUCCUCUUAGCAGCCGCGGCGUACGGAAAGUGCGUGUGGCGGCCCUCUCUGGUGUAGUUGUGUGGACGCUGAUAUUUCUGUUCUGCCUGACUGGCCUGUACCCAUCUGUGUUCGAGCCCCAGAGAGAGCUGUGUCUGGAGCAGUACCCUGUUAGCACCAGAUACGCGUACUUCAAAAUCGCCACAGUUGCGUUAGGGUUCCUGAUGCCCUGCUCUAUACUAGGGUACACCUCGGCCCGGAUCGGGUUGACUCUACGAAACUCGCCGUCUGUCCCGGAUCACGAACGCCGCAGGAUCGUCGCCACCCUGGUUGUCAUCACCGUCAUCUUCAUUGUCAUUUUUGCUCCUUAUCAUCUAGUUGUCGGCUACAGAUUUGUCACCCUGCUUCUUACGGAGAAUAAAAAAGACCAAUGUUCAGUGGAAGUUUCCCUCUACCUUUACUAUCGAAUCUGCUAUGGGCUCACAAGCCUCAACACCCUCCUAGACCCUCUUUUCUACUUCUUUCUUUGCAAUGACGCUCGCCAAGAGCUUCGCCGAUCUCUUUUCUGCCCCUGCUGGGGUCAAAGGGCACACCGGGGAUCGCGAGUACAGACUCUUCCCAAAGGCUGUGCAGAUGUUUAGCUGUCGUUUUGUGCAGAUGCUAAUCAGGGGUUGAUGUCUUUGUAAGGCAUGACGUGAACACGUCUUAUCAGGCUGAGAUUUGACUAAUUACCUGUCGUGAUGUCAUUAAGACAUGACUGGUAUGAGACAUUUGCACGUCUUCUGGAUCACUGUCACUGGGGAAUACACACCUCUAGUGUUUAGACUCCUACAGCCUGAGGAGACUCGAAUACAAUUGUCUCUAUAUUGCUGAAAAUGCUUUAUAAGUUCAGUUGUAACCAUUUAAAAUUUGGGGUUUUUAAAGAAGGUCUCUUAAAGGGAUAGUUCACUUUGAAAUUAAUUUUUGAUAUGUUU